AUGAGCAUUCAUAGAGAGAAUCUGCAGGUUGGGAAGUUGCGUGAUUUAGCUUUUUCCUCUACCACUGCAUGCCAAUAUGUCGGCCACGGUGCGGGAAUCAUACUCGCUGGGCUUCUUUCAGUGACUACCGGCUGGCGAUCAGGCUUUCAUUGUGCUGCAAUCGUUAGCCUAUGCGGCUUCCUUCUCUCGAUAUGGACUAUUCCCAAACAAGCUGAAGAACCCAAGGGUAUUCCAUGGAGGGAGUUAUACGAAGAUAUUGACUGGCUUGGGACUUUGCUAGCCAGCUUCCUCAUGGCACUUUUGUUCUUUGCGCUGGCGUAUGUAUACCCAGCUACCCCCAUUGACUUUCGGAGACCACAUUGUACUGACGGCUUGGAUAGUGCCAUUACAAACCAUGUUGCGGAUAUCUGUAAAUCAGGUCUUUUUAUCCCUCUCGCUCUUGGGUGGCUUUUCCUAGUGGCGUUUCUGUUUUGGCAGGACUGCUGGGAUAGAGACAGCACACAAGGUGUCCAAGAUUCACUUUGGACGAAGGGCCAUUUCAUAUGCAUCAGUCUGGUUGUUUUCUUCGUCUACUUCUCUUUUCACUCAUCCUCACAACUUGUUGUUCUGGUAUUUGAACGAGUACAGGGUCUCUCGGUUCUUCAAUCUUCUUGGAGAUUCCUGCCAGUUCCAGUUGCUGGCGCAUUAGGCGGUCUGAUUACAGGGAAGUUCCUGCCGCGCCUUCGCGCCAACAAGAUCCUUGAGAUUGCAAUCAUCAUAUCGAGUCUCCCGCCAUUUAUUAUGGCUAUCUUCAAACCUACGUCGUCGUACUGGGGAUAUGAAUUCUUUGCCGUUUCACUUGGUUCAAUCGCGCCGAGCGCCACCAUUCUUAUUUCUAGCAUGAUCAUUGCUGAAAGUCUGCCUUUCGAGACUCAGGGUUUGGCGACAGGGGUCAUUUGCACCGUUGCCAUGGUCGGAUCGUCUAUUGGCAUGUCGUUGGCUGGAUUUAUCUCAUAUGAUGUGACCACGUCUCAAAGUCGAGUUCCUGGUGAAAGUGCAUCUUUCAUGGAGUCCCCAGAGGCAAUCAUGGGCGGCUAUCGAGCAGCCUUUUGGUUUUUGUUUGUAAUGAACAUAGUCGGUCUCGGUAUCACCCUGUGUUGUCUGCGGAAGAUUGGAUACCUGGGACGCACAUUAAAUUUAACAUAG